CAAUUCGGUCGGUCUAUAUAAGAGAGUCAUGAUGCAAUGCACACUUAACACACAACACAAGAGCACUGCCCUGACCCCUUAAUUAAUUGAACUUGCAUCUUGCUUUGAGAGAAAAACAUAACAGAAAUGGCUGCUCGGCUGUUGAUGGUGCUAGGGCUCCUAGUCACGAUGAUGAGUGGCUCGGCGCUGAUGGCAAGUGGUCAGACGAAUCCAAGCCAGUGCAAGGACGAGCGGAAGCAAAUAGAGAAUGCGUGUAGGCCGGUGAUAUUUGGGCGGAACCCCUCCCAGCAGUGCUGCCUGAGGGUCAGGGUCACCCACGUCGAGUGUGUUUGCCCAUAUGUUACCCCUAAGCUCGCUGCUCUCAUCGGUGUCGAUCGUGCCAUUAGGCAGAUCGAGGCCUGUGGUCGCACCGUUCCUCACAACUUCAAGUGUGGCAGUGUUACCACUCCAUGAACGUUUGCGGAUGCGUUGUCUCCAUCUCCACUGUCGCGGGCGGCUGGACCAAUAGCACUCUACAAUUACAGAACGUACAAAUCUACAUGUAUGCAGUAUAGGCAUGCAUGACGAAUAAUUUGGAGAAUCUCUUCUCUAUGUUAUUAGAAUUUACACUCUCCCAUAUGUAAUAGCUUUUAGAAUUUUCUCUACUCUAUCUCUUUUCUGUUUUUGGGUCGGUGAAAGAAUUUCUUGUACUCUUUACAUUGUAUGGAGAGGAAGAAAAAGUAUCGAAGUACAAUACCGCAAAUAUUAUGCAAUAAUAUAGCGAAAGUUUUGAUAUCCUA